CAAGCAGAUCAACCUAACGGAACUAGCACUUGAUGUAAUUGCAAAUUUUUGUAUAAUUUUUUUUGUUUUUACCAAACAAUUUGCAUGUGUAUGUACAACAAGUUCAUUGUUACAAUUUGACCAUGGCCGGUCAAAUAAUUAACGAAUGUCCCACACAGCCGUGCCUCUUUACACACAAACUCCAAGAUUUAUUUAUGAGGCAGUUGAGUGCACAAUGGAACGACAAACACGCGACAACAAAUAAAUAACAAAGUUUUAGUUUAGCGAAAAACACAAAACCCUGGUUUUAUUUCCCAAAAAAAACUAUAAUAAUUACGAGAAUUAAAUUAAAACACUGCAGCUUUUGCUAGUUUUUACCAACGUCGGGAUGAUUGUCAGAUGACGCACCGGUUUUCAUCAAUAAUGUGGUGCCCACACAGUGUGACAAAAUGUAGUCAUUUAGAACAUUAGCAAACAAUGUGCUAAAUGAAAAAUAAUUGCGGCCAAAUUUGGUUCCCGCUUUAUUUUAUUCCGCAAUUCAAGCUGUUUGGAAAACCCCCCCUUGAACGAUUUUUAUAAGUCCAUCAGCUGCUGUAUUAUUUAUUUUUAUUUGACAUUGGGAAUCGUCGUCAUCCGUUAUGUGUGUUUCGUUCCUAACAGUGUAUUUGCAGUUUGACAGCAUGCCCCGUUCUGGUUUAGUAACUUUUUUAAUUUCGGUUGCGUUUCUAAUUCGCUGUUUCCAGGGCCAGAAAACUGAAACUUCGACUUCUGCUGAAUCCUUAAUGAUUGACACGACGACGGAAAGCACCAAAGAAGAGGGUGCUUAUAUUGACAUGGAAAUUAUCAGCAUUGAAGUGCUACCGAAAAUUGGCAAUGCUGUGGUCCUGUCCUGGGGGAAACCCCUACGAGAGUAUGACCUGGAUUGGACUUACGGCGUCUACUACGGCGAAAAUAUGCAGGAAGCUCUGAAAGAGCCAAAAUUGACCACCAAAGACCUUUCCGCCGAAGUGGCAAACCUGACCUUUUGCACGCAGUACAUCUUCGCCGUGGGGGUGGUGGACCCCGCCUCCAAACGCCCACACCCGGCCCGCAACGUGCGAACAAUCGGCACUCUCAUCAACGAGCUUUCUCCACCAGAGGACCUCCAGGUGGAAUUUAUCCCCGAGAAGGAACCUUGUCUUUUAAUCAAAUGGUCGGCUUCGUGCCCCAACAUCGCCGAGCCUCUCGGAUACCUGGUGACCGUCCACGAGAAAAACUCCCCGAGGAUGAUGCUCAUAACACACCCUUUCACCACCUCGGUGGAGUUGGCCCAAACUUUGCGCGUGGUUUACGGCAAGUCGUACGACAUUAAAGUCGCCACUGACGUGGUGGGGUCGCAACCCACGGAGACGGUGUCGUUCAAAGUGCCCCAUUUUUUGCAACCGUACAAAGUGCGAUUGACUUCACGUCCCGAAGGCGCGUUCGUGAUGUACUGGCGCGAGCCGUUCGUGCCCUACUUCGUGGACGACUUCUUCUACGAGGUGUACGUGUACCCGGGGCGGGAUCUGCAAGGCAAGGCGCAGAUCUACGCCACGGAGCGGCCCGUGUUCCAGUUUCAGGGGAAUCAGAGCGAGUACACCUUCAUGGUGGGGCUUAGGUCAGGAGAUGGGGAGUUCAAGUCGUAUCUGACGGACCCGGUGGCGAUAAACUUGCUCGGGGAGAAUGUGACGCUCAGUGUUAGCUGAAGCGAGUGUCGGUUUCAAAGUGUUGUUUGAGUGAACUUUCAAAUUGGAUUCGGGGUCCAUUUUUUGCAGUUUUGUCAUUUCAUCGUUUAUUGUAAUGGAAAUAAAACUUUAAACUUUU